CCCUGCGGCCACUCCCCGGCGGCGACCCGGCGGCCGCACUCGCUCCCAUGUCCUCCGCUCCGCGCUCGCCCGGGCCGCGGCCGCCCAGGAUGAAGAAGGACGAGUCGUUCCUGGGCAAGCUGGGCGGCACGCUGGCCAGAAAGAAGAAGGCCCGGGAAGUGAGUGACCUGCAGGAAGAAGGCAAAAAUGCCAUCAACUCACCCAUGGCCCCUGCCUUGGUGGAUAUUCAGCCUGAAGACACCCUGCUAGAGGAGAACGAGGAGCGCCGGAUGAUUGACCCCACUUCCAAGGAAGAUCCCAAGUUCAAGGAGCUGGUCAAGGUUCUCAUCGACUGGAUCAACGAGGUCCUGGUGGAGGAGCGCAUCAUCGUGAAGCAGCUGGAGGAGGACCUGUACGAUGGCCAAGUGCUGCAGAAGCUCCUGGAAAAGCUGGCCCAUUGCAAGCUGCAUGUGGCCGAGGUGACGCAGUCAGAAAUCGGGCAGAAGCAGAAGCUGCAGACGGUGUUGGACGCAGUGCAGGAGCUCCUGAGGCCCCAUGGCUGGCCACUCCAGUGGAACGUGGACUCAAUCCACGGCAAGAGCCUGGUGGCCAUCCUGCACCUGCUCGUCUCUCUGGCCGCUCACUUCAGGGCCCCUAUCCGUCUCCCUGAGCAUGUCUCCGUGCAGGUGGUGGUGGUGCGGAAGCGGGAGGGGCUGCUGCACUCCAGCCACAUCACGGAGGAGCUGACCACCACCACCGAGAUGAUGGUGGGACGCUUUGAACGUGAUGCCUUCGACACCCUUUUCGACCACGCCCCAGACAAGCUCAACUUGGUGAAGAAGUCCCUCAUCACAUUUGUGAACACUCACCUCAACAAGCUGAAUCUGGAGGUGACAGACCUGGAGACCCAGUUUGCAGAUGGUGUAUACCUGGUCCUGCUCAUGGGCCUCCUGGAAGACUACUUCGUCCCCCUGCACAACUUCUACCUGACCCCUGAAAGCUUUGAUCAAAAGGUGCACAAUGUGGCCUUUGCCUUUGAGCUGAUGCUGGAUGGAGGACUCGCUAAGCCCAAAGCUCGCCCUGAAGAUGUGGUGAACCUGGACCUCAAGUCCACGCUGAGGGUCCUGUACAACCUCUUCACCAAGUAUAAGAAUGUGGAGUGAGCCGGGGCUGCACCCCCUAUGGGGGCCAGUGCUGAUGUGAUGCCUGCCGGAAGGGGGGACACCGGCCUCCAUUCCCACCCCCAGCUCUUCAGCCCCCUCCCUCCCCCCACUUACCCUGCUGGUUUUGCACCUUCCUCUCUCCCUGUAAUUCUGUGCUGGGCAGUAGCCUUUGGAAGGAGGGUCCCAGCCCCUCACGUUGUGUUCCAGGCCUCAAUUCCUCUGAGACACAAGGGUUGCUCGGUCAGUUGUUGGCCUUGAUGCAAGAAUGAGAAAGGGGAUGAGCCCUGCGUGCCCCUGAUGGAGUAGCCGCCCUCACCUGCUGCCAGAAGCACAUGUUAGCUAUUCUGGGCACCGCCUGGGAGGGGCUGUGUUAGAAUGCAAGGCCUUUAAGGAAAAAGCCUUUUGCAGUUUUCAGAACUCCCCUCUCAAGCCCUAGAAGUUCACAAUGCUGGAGUAUCCACCCCACUGUCCUGACUUCUCCUUGGCCACUUUAGUGGUGCUUCCCAUCAGCCUUUGCACAGGUAGCUGAUGCUCAGGACAGUAUUUGUUGCUGCUGCCACCACAAUGGAAAGGGCUGGGUAGUGGGGGGCAGCUACCACUUGAAGGAGAGACCCAGUUGGGGGAAUAGAUGCGGUUUUUUUUAGAAACUUUGAAAAAAGUGGGUCUUCUUGGGAGACGAUAACAGAGUGCCACCGACCAGGCAGCUAGAACCCCAGAAAUUCAUGUUCACCCAGUGCUGGAGUCUGGAUGGCUUCCCUGCAGUCUUUCUCCCUCUAUCCUCUCCUGCUCUCCUGUCCUCUAACAUGGUCAUUGCUCUGUGUGUGUUUCCUACCCAGCUUGAAGUAGGACCGCCCCCAAUGACCUUACACUCACUUCAUCUCCCCAUCACAGACCCCAGUCUUCAAGUCCACAGUCCUAUUUGCAGGUGCUCACUUUGGGGUGAUGGUGUUCACCCAGUGGGAUGUGCCCAUCUCAGGCCUUGUUGGGGCAUCCCACUGAAAGAGGAAAUAUAUGUCACUCACUCAGACACCCACCCACCUUGGCUCAGAGGCACAAGGACCCUCCUGCCAGUUGGGUUUUCCAGGCUGGUUCAUGGGGUUCUGCUCUGUGUCACCCUCUCCCCACCUCCUCACAGUGCACCAGGUGGGGGUUCAUCCAUGUCAGUCCCUGGGGGGUCCCUGCUUGCCAUCCCCACCCUCCUUCCCUGAGCUCCCUGGGCAUUUGCUGCCUGCCCCCUGCCCCCCUCUCAUUCCCACCUGCUUGCCUUAGAUCGGAGCUGUUGCACGAGUUGUUAAUGCAAAAUUGAAUGCCAGUGCUCACGUUUUAGAAAACAGUUUAAUAUUCUGUUUCAGGCUGCCAGGCUGGGGACGGGUUCAGAACAGCCGUUCCGAUGGAGGUGGUUUCCCAGCAGGGGAAAGAAAUAAUUAAAACGGCAUUAAGGUGUCUCCUGCGGGAAGCAAUGACAUUAAAGAGGCAUGAUGACAAAGUAGCCCAGGCUGGGAUGUACUGAGCCGCCUUCAUCCCUGGUGGCGAGGCAUUGCAGCGACCUGGAGCUGGUGGAGGUGCAGCCACCUGCCUUGCUUACAGAUGGGCAUCUCCUCUGUUCUUAGAGGGACGGGGAUGGGGGUGGGGGCAGGGAGGAGCAGAGAAGGCAGAGAUGGGAAGGACAGCCUUAGGGGUUUCAGCCCAUUAGGCAGCUCAAGGAGACAUUCUGGAAGGUGAGGCUGGACUCCCAGGCACUAAGCCAUGAACUGCAUAUAGAGGGAACCGUAAGGGGGGGACUGAGCCAUGAUGCACCCAUCAGAGCAUAGACGUUAACCAUGCACAAAGACCUGGGCUCAAGGCCCUGGCUCCCACCUGCAAGGGGGAAACUUGACUAGUGGUGAAGCAGUGCUGCAGGUGUUUCUCCUUCUCUAUUCCUUCCUUCUCAAUUUCUCUUUGUCCUGUCAAAUAAAAGAAGAGGAGAUGGUCACUGAGAGUGGUGGAUUCCUUGUGCUGGUACUGAACCCCAGUGAUAACCCUUGUGGCAAGAAAAGGAAGGAAGGAAGGAAGGAAGGAAGGAAGGAAGGAAGGAAGGAAGGAAGGGUGAAUGAUAAGGUGAAUGGCGAGACUAUAGCAGGCACUUCAGCCUUUAAUGGUGACUGUUUGAGGUCAUGGUUCCAGCAGAGGCUGUGAUCAUUCAUCCAAAUUUCUGUUGCCCAGCUGAGGGAAAGGUAUAGAGAGAUGUGCUUUCCUCGCAGUGGGGCCGCCUCACACCCAGCUGCCCGCACUUCCACUUCCCCUUUGCUGUCCAGUGAGAACCACCAUGUGCCUGGAAGGCUGGGUGGGCCAUUUCCAGCUGGAGUUGGGUCACUCUGUGGAGGGACUCACCCUCUUGCCAACAGCCUAUGAUCCCUGUUGAACUGGGGGACAGUCAUGGUUGGGCAUGAAUUUCAGGGCUUGGGGUGCCUCCUUGGAAGUCUGCCAUGUGUCGGGAUAUCUUUGGGUAACAUGGACAGGAGAAGCAGCCUUCCUGAUGGCAGGAGAGCUCUGGGAUCCUUCUUCCUCUACUGACACAUACCUUCAGUGACUCGUUCUUCUCAGAAGAGGGAUCCUAGUCCCCAGGAGCUACCUGAAAGCGAGGUCACGUCUUCCCAGCCCUGCCUGCUAUCCCAGCACAGGGCUGCCUCAGUGAACAACCACAUGGUUACACCACAAUGAGCAACCACAUGGUCUCCUGUAAGCCUCGAACCUUAAGACCCCAGUCCCCUGCUGUCCUCACUGGAUAUGACAAAAUGUUUUGUCAUUUGAAAGCCACUGAGAAUCCUUUAUCACCUCCCCUCAUCCCCCUGUGUGCUGAUGUUUUAUUGUCUCUCUUUUUUAAAAGCUGUAUUUACUUUGAAUAUCUGGAUAGUCAAUAAAAGCCACCAAAACCCCAA